ACAUGAGGGACGUGCACAAUACGACCCGGAAGUAAAGUAAGGAUUGAAGAGGGGAGGGGGGAACAACAGUAGAUCUAAGAUGGCGGAUGAACAGCAGGAAACACCACAGGGAGAGAUGGAGGCUGGAGUAAACUGCCUCGCCUACGACGAGGCCAUAAUGGCACAACAAGAUCGGAUUCAGCAAGAGAUAGCAACUACGACUCCUUUAGUGUCAGACAGACAGGACUUGUCCAUUCUGCAAAGAGAGUAUGCGCAAGAUGACGGCAUCUAUCAGCUGAAGAUUAAGGACUUGCACAAAAAAUACUCAUACAUCCGAAAGACACGGCCCGAUGGAAACUGUUUCUACAGAGCAUUUGGCUUCUCACAUCUGGAGUCUCUUCUGGAUGACAGCAAAGAGCUUCAGAGGUUCAAAGCGGUGGCAGCCAAGAGUAAACUGGACCUAGUGAACCAAGGCUUUACAGAGUUCACUAUUGAAGACUUCCACAACACUUUUAUGGACCUUAUUGAACUCUGCGAAAAACAGCCUGCGCUCGAGGAACUGCUCAACUCAUUCAACGACCAGAGUGUUUCAGACUACGUGGUGGUCUACCUGCGGCUGCUCACGUCUGGCUACCUGCAGCGAGAGCACGGUUUCUUCCAGCACUUUAUUGAGGGAGGGCGCACUGUCAAAGAGUUCUGCCAGCAGGAGGUUGAGCCCAUGUCCAAAGAGAGCGAUCACAUCCACAUCAUCGCCUUGGCUCAGGCUCUCAACGUCUCCAUUCUGGUGGAAUACAUGGACCGGGGCGAGGGGGGAACGGUCAACCACCACGUCUUCCCUGAAGGUGGCGAGCCCCGCAUCUUCCUCCUCUAUCGACCGGGCCACUACGACAUACUCUACAAGUAAUAAAAGCCUACUCUCCAAUCCUCUCUCCUCCUCCUCCUCCUCCCUCCCCCUUCCCCCUCAAACUCCUCACUCUCUGAGCCUAGAUUCUCAUGCAUCCCUGUAGCACCAUGGGAUGAUCAUAGUAACGUGCUUGGUUCAGUCACAUCUCAACAGCAUCCAUCUGGAGGUAUGACCAACUAAGCAAGUUAAAGACAACCCCAGGUUUCACCCGGAUGUUUGAGACUCCAGACUCCGAUAUGUUUGCAUCAUCCCACACCUAAGGAAGGUGGGCUGGGACAGGGUGGGGGUGGGGGGUGGAUUGGAAACUUACCACAACAGUCGAAGCCACGUUGAUUCAUGCAGUGUGUUGGUGUGCAAGGGGGGGUCUGGCCCUCCCCUGGGGCCGGCGGCGACUUGAGUCAGCCGCUAUCUGGGUUUGUGCUAUGGUAUUCGGGAAGGACACAAAACAAACCGACAGGCAGAGAAACAAAUUUGCUCUUCACUUCAGUUUAUUACCCUGUUCUCAUUCCCCACACACACACAAACAAAAUGAUCAACUGAAAUGAAUAAAAAUUGAAAAUGGAUUUCAAAAAAAAUCUACCAAUGAAAAUAGGAUGCAAAUGAAAACCUUAGCAGUAACUCCAGGCCUUUAGAGAGUUGUACAGUUUUUUCUUUUUUUUCUUUUGUGGUUGUAAAUGUUAUCAACUUGCUUUUGUUAGGUUUUUUUUCCUUUGUUACACUGCGUUUCAUGAGUUUUAUUAAAGGGAUCUUCACCUUA